GUGUCCGCUUCCCGCUAGAGCGGCCGUUCCGGCGGGCCCCGGGGCAUGCCGGGACGGGGCCGCCUCCCGUUGACCUCCGCCGAGCCGCCAUGGCGGCGUCGCCGGUCCCGGUUCUCCUCCUCUUCCUCCUCUUCUCGUUGCGGGGAGGCGGCGCGGCCCCCGCCUGGGACGCGGCCGGUUACCUGCUCUACUGUCCCUGCAUGGGCCGAUUCGGGAACCAGGCCGAGCACUUCCUGGGAGCCCUGGCCUUCGCCCGCGCCCUCAACCGGACCCUGGCCGUGCCGCCGUGGAUCGAGUACCGUCACCACCGCCCGCCCUACACCAACCUGCACGUUCCCUACGCGGAGCACUUCAAGCUGGAGCCGCUCCUGCGCUACCACCGGGUGAUCGCCCUAGAGGACUUCAUGGAGACGCUGGCGCCCGUUCACUGGCCGCCGGGCGAGCGAGUGGCUUACUGCUUCGAGGCGGCGGCUCAGAGAAGUGCUGACAAAAGCACUUGCCCCAUGAAGGAUGGAAAUCCGUUUGGUCCCUUCUGGGAUCAGUUCCAAGUGAAUUUUGAUAAGUCUGAGCUCUUCAAGGGAAUCUCCUUCAGUUCUGCUUACAAGGACCAUUGGAUCCAAAGAUUUCCACCCUCUGAGCACCCUGUACUCGCCCUACCUGGAGCUCCGGCCCAGUUUCCAGUCUUAGAGGAGCACCGACCCCUCCAUAAAUACAUCGUGUGGUCUGAUGAAAUGGUGAAGAAAGGAGAAGCCUAUAUUCAUUCGCUGCUGGUCAGGCCCUAUGUAGGAAUUCAUCUGAGGAUCGGCUCAGACUGGAAAAAUGCUUGCAAUAUGUUAAAGGAUGGGACGGCCGGGCCACACUUCAUGGCUUCACCUCAGUGUGUGGGCUACGACCGAAGCGCUGCGGUCCCUCUUACCAUGGACAUGUGCCUGCCAGACCUCAAAGAGAUCAAGCGUGCUCUCCAGCUCUGGGUGAAAAACACAGAAGCUAAAUCUGUUUAUAUCGCUACUGAUUCUGAGCCCUACACGACGGAAAUACAGCAGUUCUUCCAAGGAAAGAUCAAGGUUGUCAGCCUGCAGCCAGAAGUGCCUCAGAUCGAUUUGUACAUUCUUGGCCAGUCUGAUCAUUUUAUUGGGAACUGCGUCUCUUCGUUCACUGCCUUUGUGAAAAGGGAGCGCGACGUGCGUGGAAAACCUUCUUCCUUCUUUGGCAUGGACCACCCGCCGAGAUUACGGGAUGAAUUCUGACCCAAAGAGGAACAGGCUCCGAAGUUCUCAGGGCUCUGAGCUUGGUCCCCGCCGAGGGACCGCUCGGUGCUGACGGCUCUCCCCGCCUGCAGAGUGCGCUGCCAGGCUGGCGCAGCCCUGCCUCAGCCCUCUGAUACUCCUCAGAGCCGCUUCCAGACCGGUCUGUCUGACUUCUCUGGUAUUUCCAGUGUGAGGCCAGACAGAAAAGAAACUUUAAAUCGUGUAGUUUAUAGGAAACUAUAAACUGUAUGUAGUUUUUAAGCUGUAGUUUAUAUAGUUCUCCAUUCUCACUAUUUGGGGUUCACCAGCAAUCAUGAAGAAGCUGCUCAGAUUUCUUCUUCUAAUUUUUUUUUUUUUUUUUUUUUUUCCUCGUUUCAAUUUAAACUUUACCUGGAGAUGUUGUGAAGCUUCUUGUCCAAAACUGACACUAAGUUCUUUUUAGGUGCCAAGUAUCAUCAGGAAUAUCACAGUCCCUGGAAAGGGAGUGCAAGAUAAAGCUCAGGAUUGGAAAUCAGCUCUGGGUUUUAUCGAGAGCCGCUGUUGCCUUCCUUAGAGCCAUGUCACCUCAGUGCCUGGGUUUCCAUUGCCCUGCCAAAAGAGAUCUCCUGCGCAGCGGUGCCGUGGGGCACCCGGGUCUCUCCAGGGGUGCUAGAGAAUUGCGACGGGGCCGUGUCUGAAUGUGGCAUCUGCCGCUUCAGCCCAUCCUUAGACUGGAGAGAAGGCGCGUGCGGGGACCCCGGCGGGAGUUGGAGGUUUAGGGCUUGUAGCUGUUGAGGUCAGGUGGCGAUCCGUGGUAGAAAUGAAACUGGUUUUGAGGUGAGACUUUUAAAGUAGCUGUAGUACGGGUUGGUUUAUGUCGUACCUAGGUCUGUGGUAAUGGUUUCUGUUUUCUUGUUUGUUUUUGUACUUUGCAAAAUAACCCCUCUGACAGCAGAACCUUUGUCUGGGGAGGAAGUUGCCAGUGGAGGUAACUUCGGGAAGUGUUCACUGAUGGUGAAACAGCCCCAAACCCCUUCCUUUGGCCCAGUACAUCUUAGUUCUGGGAACACCGAUAAUCCCGAUGUGGUGAGACUCGCCUUGACCACUGCCUUUUGGGCUGGAUCCUUCCAGCGCUUAUGGGAUUUGGUGGUUUUGGGGCCCCCGCCUGCUCCCCGGCGUCACACCUGGCUUGGGGAUCCCGGCUGAUGCCAUCAGGGCUGCCUUGCCUCCUUCUUAGGAAGACAUUGUAUUAAAAUAUUUUUUUUCUUAAGAGAAAAAAAAAAAAAAAAAAAAGGUAUUUUUUG